GUAACCGGUCAGCUGCGCCGUGUCACAAUCUUCCUGGUUUGCAAUUGAAACCAGAAAGCGAUAUUCUCUCCAGUAAACCGACAUAAAUGCGUUGGACUUUAACCUAGAUUACAGUAAACAGGAUCCGGGACGACAGCAGUGGCGAACAUGAACACGGAGAAGGACUUCUCGCCCCUGACGCCCAACAUUGUCAGGGCUCUGAAUGACAAACUGUACGAGAAGAGGAAAGUCGCAGCUCUAGAAAUUGAGAAGCUCGUGAGGGAGUUUGUGGCCCAGAACAACUCCACUCAAAUCAGGCACGUAAUCCAGAUUUUGGCCUCAGAGUUUGCCCUCUCCCAGCACCCCCACAGCAGGAAGGGGGGUCUCAUUGGACUGGCAGCUUGCUCCAUUGCUCUCGGGAAGGACUCAGGUCUGUAUCUGAAAGAGCUCAUUGAGCCUGUCCUCACGUGUUUUAAUGACUCUGACAGCCGUUUGCGCUACUAUGCUUGCGAGGCCCUCUAUAACAUAGUCAAGGUGGCCAGGGGAGCUGUGCUGCCCCACUUCAACCUGCUUUUUGAUGGUCUCAGCAAGCUUGCAGCAGAUCCUGACCCCAAUGUGAAAAGUGGAUCUGAACUCCUGGACAGACUGCUGAAAGACAUAGUCACAGAAAGCAACACGUUUGACUUGGUGGCAUUUGUUCCCCUGCUGAGAGAGAGAAUCUACUCCAAUAAUCAGUAUGCGAGGCAGUUUAUCAUUUCUUGGAUCCAUGUUCUGGAGUCUGUUCCAGACAUCAACCUGUUAGACUAUCUCCCUGAGAUCCUGGAUGGGCUGUUCCAGAUUCUUGGAGACAACAGCAAGGAGAUCCGGAGGACAUGUGAGGUGGUGCUGGGCGAGUUUCUGAAGGAGAUCAAGAAAACCCCCUCGAGUGUGAAAUUUGCUGAGAUGGCCAACAUCUUGGUCAUCCACUGCCAGGUUGCAGAUGAGACCAAACUACCAAACGAUCUGAUCCAGCUGACAGCUAUGACGUGGAUGAGAGAGUUUAUCCAGCUUGCAGGCAGAGUGGUGCUUCCAUACUCUUCUGGCAUUCUUACUGCAGUGCUGCCUUGUCUCUCCUAUGAUGACAGAAAGAAGAAUACCAAAGAAGCAGCCAGCGCCUGUAAUCACAGUCUGAUGAAACUGGUGACUCCUGAGGAUGAUGAGGAGGAGGAGGAUGAAAAAAGUGGAAGCACAGGGUCACCGUCUAAGGAAGAUGGUCAGCCCAAAACGGAGGCAGAUGGCAAUGAUAUGCUGAAUGCAUCACAAGAAUCUGUUGGUUUCAGUAAUAUUAGCUUCUUCACUCCAGCAAGUGCUGAUAGGCCUCAAGUAACACUGGACCUGGAUGGUAUUGUUCAGGUGUUGGAUCGUCAUCUCCAUGACUCCUCUACUGGCAUGAUGACCCGCAUAGCUGUGCUUAAAUGGCUUUAUCACCUCUACAUCAAGACACCACGCAAAAUGUUCCGCCACACAGACAGCCUGUUUCCCAUGCUGCUCAAAACACUCUCUGAUGAGUCUGAUGAGGUGAUACUGAAAGAUCUGGAGGUGUUAGCUGAGAUAGCAUCAUCCCCUGCCGGCCAAACAGACCAAGCCUCCUCUUGCGACAGCACUGACAACAAACUGGAGCUCAAGGUGCCAGAGGGUGCCAAGUCAGGACAACAGCCCAACACAGGCUCCAAGGCAGUGGACUCAUCCCCUUCCACUCCCAGUAUGAACUCUUAUUUUUACAAGUUCAUGAUCAACCUGCUGAAGCGUUUUAGUCUGGAGAGAAAGCUCCUGGAGAACAGAGGAGCUUUCAUCAUCAGGCAGUUGUGUCUGCUGCUUCAUGCAGAGAACAUCUUCCACUCUAUGGCUGACAUCUUGCUGAAGGAAGAGGACCUUAAAUUUGCCUCCACCAUGGUUCAGACACUCAACACCAUUCUGCUCACAUCUGCUGAACUCUUCCAGCUGCGCAACCAGCUAAAAGACCUGCGUACUCAGGAGAGCUGUGCUUUGUUUUGCUGCCUGUAUCGUUCCUGGUGCCACAACCCUGUGGCCACUGUGUCUCUGUGUUUCCUCACACAGAAUUACAAGCAUGCCUAUGAUCUCAUCCAGAAGUUUGGAAAUCUGGAGGUGACGGUAGAUUUCCUCAUGGAGGUAGACAAGCUGGUGCAACUCAUAGAAAGCCCAAUUUUUACCUACCUGCGUCUGCAGCUCCUGGAUGUGGAGAACAACCCAUACCUGAUAAAGGCACUGUAUGGUCUGCUGAUGCUGCUGCCACAGAGCCAGGCUUUCCAGCUGCUCUCUCACCGUUUGAGUUGUGUCCCCAACCCAGAACUCAUGAGGACUGUGGAUGAAUCCAAAUAUAUGGACUCUAAACAGCAAGCUGCCUCUAAACGGGCCUCUCACACUCAGAUGGAUUACAAUGAGCUGCUGCAGCAUUUUGACCGUGUGCAGAGCAAACACCUGGAAGUCCGACACCAGCGCUCUGGACGUGCCUCUGAUCACCCAGACAGGAAACUGAUGUGAAGUUAUUGUGCCAUAGUCUCCUCUGGUCAGGGAUGACAGCGAGUAGAGGAGGAGAUGACAGGAGUACUUGAGAAGGUUAUUAAAUGUUAUUGAAGCCAAAAAGUAUUAAGUAAGUAUGAUUAAAAACUGUUUUGUCAGAGGAACACUGGCUACAUAUGGUCAAAAACAGUGGAUAUGUUUUUGAAUUCUGUUCCCUUAUGAUUAGGAGAAUGUUAUAUAACAUUAAAAAUUGAGCAUUUUAAUCAGAAAACAUAUUUAAUGCCCUUCAUACUAUAAAAAAUCUAAUGAAUAGUUGUUUCUUUCAGUGUAAAUUUGAUUUGUAGAAUGUACAUAAUAUGUCACAUCUCAACUGUUGGUGGUGAAAAUAUGGCCACAUCCUGAGUUUCCAUCAUGUUCUGUCAGCUGACAAUUUUUUACAGUAUGUCAAGUCAAGCUGAAAUGCAUUUCAGAAUCAAAUAGCACACUUUUGUCAUUUCAUUUCCAUGUGAACCACCGUAAUUUUGUUGUUUUUCGGAGUACAACUGGAGCAUGCAUUCAGGGUUGCCUUAAUCACAUGUCAGCCAGAAAAGAGAUGUCGCAUGCCGAAUGUUGACUCAGCUCAGCUGAGAUUCUAAACUUUGGAAGGUACUGAUGACUGAACUCUGGCAUAUAUUCUGGGUAGACCCACUGUGUCACACCUCUUUGUUGGUGCAACUGAUGAGGAAUUUUACCUUACACACCUUCAGCUUUUAAUUCAUUCCAUGUCUUUCUUAUAUAUUCAUGAGCUAAUAUGUAUUUUUCUGUAUUUGUACAGUGUCAGCUUGUUCUGUCCUGCAUUCUUUUUGAUGUUUGUGUGGUUUUAUUUUGCACUUUUGUCAAUUACUGUGUGAAAAUCAAUAAAAUGGACCAUGUGAUUAAAAAGAAAAAAAA